AUGACUCACUACUAUUUAUCAACAUCUGCUGGCUUAGAAUCGUAUUUCUCCGAUACAGUGGAAUCCAAUUUGUGUCAAGAAACGCCGAAGGAGAAGCACUGUCUAAUAGAGUACAGCGUGCGAGAUCGAUGGCCGCACCAAGUCAGAUACGUAUACAACUGGUACACAAAAUCCUGCUUCGAGAUCCGCUGGUCUGACAACUGCCACGCCGUGCCCUCUCCAGCGACCACCAACAACUUCCUGACUUACCAGGAGUGUCUGGACCAGUGUGGGGGUUGGGCGUGAUGACAUCAGCAGCCUGUUUAGUGUUAGGGUAUCAUCAUGAUCAUCAGAUUAGCCAAUUGCUGUCCCCUGCUGAACGUAGGCCUCCCCCAACAAAUGCCAUCCGUUCUGGUGAUGGGUCGCCCGCAUCCAUGUGUUAGGUCUUAGGUCCCGUAGCUAUCGUUAAAUAACUGGGCCAUUUUAAAGUUAGGUUAGUUUUAAAGGUAAGUAGUUGACUACGAUAUUGACUA